AUGUCAAGAUCAAUUUGCUUCCAUAGACAUGAUGCAAGAUGUGAUGUACAAGGAAAUAUAUAUAUGAUGGCAUUUGGAGCAAUGGAAAUUGUUCUAUCUCAAUUUCCAAACUUAGAAAAAGUGACGAUUCUUUCAGUAAUUGCUACAGCUACAUCAUUUAUUUAUUCACUUGUUGCAUUGGGUCUAUCUGUUGCAAAACUCUCUACAUACCAUGAGCUUAGAGGAAGUACACUGGUGGCUAAUGUGGGAGAGGAUAUUGCUUCAUUAACCAAGGUUUGGCAUGUUUUCCAAGCUCUUGGAAAUAUUGCUUUUGCUUACACUUACUCCUGGCUGCUAUUAGAAAUUCAGGAUACAUUAAAGUCACCACCACCAGAGAAUCAAGUAAUGAAGAAAGUCUCCUUGUAUACUAUUGCUGGAACAUCAAUUUUUUAUUCAUCUUUGGGAUUCAUAGGUUAUGCAGCAUUUGGAAGUCAUGCUCCAGGAAAUGUUCUCACGGGAUUUGGUGAACCAUUUUGGCUUGUUGACAUUGGCCACAUUUCCGUGAUCAUACAUUUAAUUGGAGCUUAUCAGGUUCUCUCUCUCGCUCUUUGUGUAUCUAUAUAA